AUGGAAUACAAUGAGAUGAUGAGAUGCCGCCCUACCCGAUUAGCGGGGGGAGGGGCGCCUUCUAGGCGUCGUCAGCGUCGUAGUUCUCAUGACCUUCUUGCAGCGACAAUCUCUGCAGCCAACUCGUAUAAAGGCGGGGAAGUACGAACAUCGCUAGGAUAUCGUAUGGUGCAGAAGGGCACCGGCGCCGCGGAGGAACCACUCAUAGAGAGUCUAGGGGGUGCCGCUCCUUGUCGAGUGCCUCCAAAACGCAAGUUGCGUGAGACAGCUGCUGCUCCUGCCGAGGCCAAAAAGGCCAGGCCAGAGGAGAUGACGCGCCAUGAUGCCGUCGUCAAGUCGUCGCCUGCGCCUGAGGCGGAGGCAGUGGCUGUCACCCCCCCGGCGCCCACCCCUCGUGCUCCCUAUACGCCGGCUCUCAAGGAUUCUGCCGCGAGACCUUCACGGUGUCAUUCAUCGUACUUGUCGGAAGAGGAGUUGGAUCCGAGGUUAGUGGCCUCGAGAAGCCCAGUCCGUAGAACCCAACCCUGUGAGGCGUUGGGGACGCAGGGACCUACAGUUUCCACUCCUUCUCUGACAGGUGCAAUGGCGAAGGGCAUUGUUGGGGAACAACCUGCCCGUCAACUUGCUGGGACCUCCUGCUGCCUCCGCUGCGCUAAGCAGCUCAAGAAUGGAGGAAUUUUCUGCAGCCGCUCAAGUCUAAAUUCGCGCUGUUUCCGUUGCGCAAAGAAUAACGACUCGUGCCUUCCUGUGCCAAUGCAGUACAGGGCCAGGCUCUCAAGCCUCCAGGUGCUGGCGGAUUCCGUCAGCAUCGGGGAAGUCCCCCUGGCCCAACUUCAGAAGGAAGCGCAUAAGUGGGUCUCCGAUGUAGAGAAACACCUCAGAGUAACUAUGCCCAAGAAGAAGGGGGUAGUUGGCGCCGCCAGAAGCACCACGGAGACUGUGCAGCUGCUGGAGAAGAUCUCACUUCAGAUGGAGCAGAUGACUCAAAUCCUCUGCCAGAUGGCUGGAGUACCCGUGCCCCCCGUCCCCGUCGCCGAAGAGGAGUUUGGAGGAGGAGAGGUGGUGGAAAAGUGA